AUGCGUCUACUGAAACACAAUAUUCGUAAACAAAAACAAAAUACUAAUAGUUGCAGUAAUAGUACUUCUACUACUACUUCUAUUAAUAAUAAUAAUUGUAAUAAUAAUAGUCAUGACACUUCUUCUAUUCAAUCUAUUAAACAAUCUAAGCCUAGAAAGGUUUCUGAUGAAAUUAAUAAGAAAUAUUCAUCUCUCUUGAAGAAAUUAUGGGAAAAUGAAAAAUUACUUGAUAAGUAUAAUCUAAGUGAAGAAGUAAAGACACUUCUUAAUACUCGAAUGCAUUUAUGGUUAGAGUAUUAUACAAUUAAUCAAGCUAUGAGUUCUAAUCAUGACUCUGACUCAAACUCUAAUUCUAAUACAAAUAUCUUUGAAUAUAUUGAUAGCUUUUCAGAAAUAACUAGUGAUUUAAUCACACAAAAAACAGACAAAACAGACAAAACAGAUGAAAUUAUUACUAGUACAAUAACAAAAGUUAUUAAAUUUAAUGACACUCAAUUGACUAACUAUUAUAGAAUCGAUUUAAUGGACUUUAUUGAACCUACUUAUGGAAAUUUAAUACCAAAAAGUCUUAAAAUUAAUCUUACUAAUUAUGACGACAAGAUCUCAACAAUCACAUUCUCAUAUAUUCAUACUCCUCUUAUUAAUGAAUUAAUUAAUCAUACUAAUCAAUCUACACUCUCAGUUAAUAAUCAAUUUAAUAAAUCAUUCUCUUAUACUGUUCAAUCCCCUUAUUUAACUUAUUAUCAAUUAGAUUCUCAAAUGAAUUUAACUGAUAGCGACAUCUCUCAAUUAACUAAUGUUAAUCUGAUUAAAAAAGGAUUAUUAACUGUAUCUCUCUGUUAA